AUGAAAAAUGAAUUAUAAACCAUGCCAGAAAUCAAUGAAAGAUUAGAAGAAUUGAUUCGUAGUACACACCCUCCAAAAAUAUAAAAUGUUGUAUCCACUGUAGAUUUAGGAACAGAACUAAAUCUAGUAGUAAUAUCAAAUGGAGCAAGAAUGGCUGAAUAUAGUAAUUAUAUAAUAAAUUUUAUUCUAGAUCCUAAGAGAUUUUCAGCUGUUAUUAUGAGGUUAAAUAACCCUAGUACAACUGCUCUAAUAUUUUAAUCUGGAAAAAUGGUAUGUACAGGAGCAAAAUCAGAAGAUUAAUCUUUAAUUGCAGCUAGAAAAUAUGCAAAGAUUAUAAACAAAUUAGGAUUUCCUGUUGUUUUCAAAAAUUUUACAAUAUAGAAUAUUGUAGCAAGUUUUGAUUUUAGAAAACCAAUAAAAUUAGAUGAAUUUACUAAAGAUCAAUAAUAUCGAUCUGUUGUAUAAUAUGAACCAGAAAUAUUCCCUGGAUUGAUAUUUAGGAAAAUAACAGAUUAAAAGAAAAUAACUUUGUUAAUCUUUGUUAGUGGUAGAUGUGUCAUAACUGGAGGAAAAAAGACAGAAGAUCUAAAUAAUGUAUUUAAGUUCAUAUUACCAAUUCUGGAUUAAUUUAAAAAAAGAGAUAUAGAAUAUUGA